CACCAUUAACAUCAUAAUUUCAUUCCUUGAUCCAAAUCUCAAUAUUUCUUCAAUCUUUCUUCAAAAACGCCUCAAUCAUGGCCGGAGGAAGAUCAAAGUCUAAGGCUUCCAAGAAGAAAAGCACCGCCGAACCCUCAAGUUCCGCCCCUCCUCCGUUCCCAUAUUUGGACGGAUCAUUUCUUGAGUUUGGGUCGGAGGAAGAACUAACACGCUUCCUCACUCACUUUGCCAAGCGCCCGAUCUCUCCACCUCGCGUGCUCCCGGAGUUGUUUCCCCAAGACAAAGGGUACCACGACCUCGACAACCAACUCCAAGCAUCGGGUUUGUGGCCAUUCGUCUCCAAGAGCCGCUCGAGCUUCAAUCCCGCCUUCGUCCGGGCUUUCUACUCCAAUCUCCGCAGUGACGGGGACACCAUUCGCAGCAGCAUCAAUCUCUACGACAUAGAGAUUGAUUUGCCUACCUUUGCUCGGGUCGCAGGGCUGCCCAUCUGCGGUGACGACAUCGCAACCUAUGGUGGUGACGAUUGGAUCCUCAACAACGAGGCGGUCGUCAUUCGAGAGCUUGGGAUCACCAACCUCAUCCGCCACAGCGGCGCACCGACAAUUCACUCGGCCCCAGCGGACAAGCGCCUAUUCCUCUACAUCAUCACCUGGAUUCUCCGCCCCCGGGACAGCAGCCAUACCUCUCUCUUCAACGAGGAUUUGAAGGCGAUUCAUGCCAUCAUCCACGGCGCCUCCAUCAAUUGGGCGAAAUUCGUGAUGAUCCACAUGGCGGAUUGCGCCUCCAUCGCCACUGAGCGGAGCUUGCCAUACGCCUUCCUCGUCAUGGACCUCAUCAUCUCCGCCGACAUCUCCAUCGCCGGCCCGGAUACGAAGAUGACAAAGA